CUGUUUGGCCUUUAGGCCUGUUUGUGUCCUCUGAUGCCCAGAUAGAGGCAUGUAACCCGGGCAGGGCUGUUUGGCCUUUAGGCCUGUUUGUGUCCUCUGAUGCCCAGAUAAAGACAUGUAAUCCGGCUAGGCAUAUGUAAGUACCAGGCCAGGGCAGUGGCUUUUGUCCCAGGCCAGGCCAGUGGCUUUGUGGCCUAUGUGCCUAUGGGCCUUUUCUGGGUUAGCAGGCCCCUGUGGGGGAAAAAAAAAAAAUGAUUACCCAGGCCUGGCAUGAACACUUGACCCGGUGAUUGUGAGUCAAGCGCCCUAACCAUUAAGCCAUACAGCCUUUCGUGAGUAAAGAGACAGCGAGGUGAGGUCAAAUUCUCCUUCCCCGUCCAAUUAGUCCCAUAUUGGGCCACAGCUGGGGCUCAUUGAGCCCUUGUUAGGGUUAGUUUGUUUGGUGGAUCAAACAAAGAGACACGGAGGAAGGCCGGAGAGAGAAGCCAUGAGCAGCAGACCAAGACGCGACUGUGGACUUUGUUGUAAACAGAAUAUUGUGCGGCUAGACCGACAUUUAAAGGCUGUACAUGGACUUAAGUUUGGUACUAUGGAGUGGACGAACGCUAUGCAAUUUAGCCGGUUUUCGAGUGAGAGACAGCAGCCCGAAUCGGGGCAGUAUAUGCAGCCUGACAACGGUGUUGAACCGCGGCCGGAGGACCCUGUGAUUUUGGAGUGUUUUGAAAGUGAGUUGUCCGUGGAGCAGCAGCCUGUGGACGAGGGUGAUCAGACGGCAGGUGCGUCGGCGGCGGCGGUGCAGCCAGUCAGUCAGGUCGGUAGUGAACUGUGCUCGGAUCCGAGGGAGCAAGGCUGUGACGUGGCGACUUCCACGGAGAGCGAGAGUGAUGAGGACGGCGGCGGCGUACCGUCCCGAAUGGAGGUUUGGAGUAAUGUAAUUUUGACUGAAUAUGAACAAUAUAUUACGGGUAGACAACCUUCAGUUAAACGAAUUGACAAUAGUCGCACCAGUAUAUCCCGAGUACGGGAAUUCCUCCGCAUUAUGUCAGAGGGCAAGGCCGAUGAAGGACUGUGUUUUCUGGAUAACUACAGACGUGUGUAUGAGUGGUAUGGUCAAUGUGAUGACCGUGGUUUGGCACCAUCCACGUUAAAAAUGUACCGGGCCGAUAUUCGAGGUUUCCUGAAUUAUCUCAUUCAGUUCCGGCCAAAUGGUAUGCAAGCUAAGGUCGUUGGAAUUCGAAAGAUGUUACUCUGCUUGGCGAAGAUGGACAGGGACUCACGGCAGAGCCAGGCAACUCAUAGGGCAAAAUUCCGCCAACGCUGCAGGGACGAGGUGCUCAGCGCUGCGGAUUUAAAACGCUUUGUUGAGCUAAGCAAUCAAGCCAUUCCUUCAGUUCUCAGUAGGCUGGAGGUCCGUGCCACCUGCUCUGACAGGCGUAGGUUUGCAGCUCUCAUGUCCAGCCGGUUGGCCAUAUUUAAUGGCACUCGACGAUCCCCAGUCACCAUGUUUAGUGAGAGUGAUUUCAAUGAAGUAACCCCGGAAGGUGGGGGUUAUCAGAUGUGUGUAGCUAGCCACAAAACAAACUAUAGCUUUGGGGAGUGCAGAAUUGUUCUAUGUCAGGAGGAAUACACUUGGCUUAAACGAUUCCAUCAAAUCAGGCCUCAUCUGAGUGGAAUGACCUCAGAAAUAGAACUCUUCUUUUUCACAUCCUGCGGUCAACCUUACGGUAAUCUGUGUGAGUAUGUGGGGCAAAUCUUUGCAGAGUUUGGUAUUGGAAGUAAAGUGACCUUCGGUACAAUUCGACGCAGUGUUGCCACAUUGAACUUUAACCAAGGCUUGGAUACAGACCGAGGAACUGUGGCUGACCAUAUGUGUCACUCUCUGGAAACGCAGGCACGCCACUACCGGUACCACAAUUUGCCCAAAAAUGCCAGCCGGGCCCGGGCACUGAUUGAGGGACAAAUCAAUAAAUGAUUAACUGAUUAAUUAAAGCAUAUUUGUUUGAAAUUCACCCUUGUAUUUGUGUCAUUUAUGCAUUAAAAUGAUUAAAAAUGUGUUUCAAAAUACAUUUACCUGGACUCCCAAUAUGAAGCCCCAGUACUUUAAAAAAUUCACUGGAGUGCGCCAAAGCUACAAUAUAUAUGGAGGAUUCUAAAAUCCAUUUACCUUUGGCGCCCUCCGGUGAAUUUUCCCCAGUAGUGGGGCUCCAUAGUGGGAUUUAAUAUUAGAAUGACCGGUAAAAGUAUUUAAAACAGUUUUAUAAUUUUUGGGUGACCAGGUGCA